AUCCCAAUAGCACUAACCAUUUAAUGACGGCUGCUGCUUCCGGGAAGAUGGCCGGCUAAACAAUGGCAAAAUAUACCAUUCUAGAAAUCAAGAAGGGAGAACUUUUCGCUUUUGCAAACUACUUGGAUUAACCAAAGUGUUCGGAAUAAAUGCUUGCAUUUAGGUAGUUUAUUUGGUGACCGUGUGCAUGCAUGUUAAAUUACUGUUUGAGUUAGCUAAAUUAGCUCGCACAUGCGAAGUAGCUAACAUGUCAGCUAUUGGUAGCUAAAGUUGAAACCCGCAACUGACGUAUUAUUGAGUUCCAUGAUCGAGAAAUGGAGAGGAGACACGUUUACAGUGCUGGCUAGUGUCGAAACGUGCGAUCUUUUUUAUCGGUCUGGUCGAUUGCUAUGUUCCCGCAGCUGCAUGCAACUGUCUAAAAUUUAACUAGCUAGCUAAUUUUCCUUGAUUCACUCAUUUCAAUGGCUCACUGUAGUUCAUCAGAUCCAAGUGGGAAGAUACCCCGUCCAGAUAGUAGCGUAGUAUUGAUGGCAGGAUCUCCCGGAACCGUUGAUCAGGCAAUGAAGCCGGUGUUGUUUGAAAUAUUUGGAGAAAUUUGGAACGUCCAGGCCCGACUCGGGCAAGGCGUCUCGGCCUCCGUAUACCGGGUGAGCUCGGGAAGGACGAGUACGGCCGCGGUUAAGGAGUUCCUGGCGGACGCUCAGGGCGGAGAUUACGGGUACCACAAGGAGAGGUCCGUGUUGGAAGACAUCCAAGGACACAAAAACAUCGUAACGCUAUAUGGGGUGUUCACCAACCACAGCCAUGUGGGUGUGGCCACACGCUGCCUGCUGCUAGAGCUGCUGGAUGUCAGUGUGUCUGAGCUGCUGGUUAGUACCCAGGGCCAGGUGGGCAGCCUCCAGAGUGGUGGUGCCCAGCAGCAGGGCCACUCCAUGUGGCUGGUGCAGCACUGCGCGAGAGACAUCCUGGAGGCCCUGGCCUUCCUCCACCGAGAGGGCUACGUCCACGCAGAUCUCAAGCCCCGCAACGUGCUCUGGAGCGCAGACGACGAGUGCUUCAAACUCAUCGACUUUGGACUCAGCUUCAAGGAGGGUAACCAGGAUGUGAAGUACAUCCAGACGGAUGGGUACCGUGCCCCGGAGGCUGAGCUUCAGAACUCGCUGGCCCAGGCGGGGCUGGAGGCGGAGGGUAACUCUGGCUGCUCGGCCACUGUGGACCUCUGGAGCCUGGGUAUCAUCCUGCUGGAGAUGUACUCCGGCAUCAAACUCAAAGACACUGUCAGGUCACCCAAGUGGAAGGACAACAGUGCAGCGAUAGUCGACCAUAUCUUUGCCAGUAACAGUGUGGUGUGUCCUGCUAUCCCUGUAUAUCACCUCAGAGACCUGAUCAAGAGCAUGCUUCACAAUGACCCCAAGCACAGAGGCACAGCCGAGACGGCCCUGCUUAGCCCUUUCUUCAGUAUUCCCUUUGCUCCUCACAUAGAAGACUUGGUUCUGCUGCCCUCGCCUGUUCUCCGCCUGCUCAACCUGAUUGACGACAGCCACCUACACAAUGAGGAGGAGUAUGAAGACAUCUUGGAGGACAUGAAGGAGGAGUGCCAGAAGUACGGCUCUGUGGUCUCUCUUCUCAUUCCCAAGGAGAACCCAGGCAAAGGACAGGUGUUUGUAGAAUAUGCUAAUGCAGGCGACUCCAAAGAGGCCCAGAGACUGCUGACAGGACGGACCUUUGACAGGAAGUUUGUCGUUGCCACAUUCUACCCCCUGAGUGCUUACAAGAGAGGCUACUUGUACCAGACCGUGCAGUGAACACACACACACGCGCACUGAGAGCUCACACUGUUAGUUGAAGCGCCUAGGCCCCAUUCAGUCAGUCUCUGUCAUGGUGUGUAUACUUACAGUUGAAGUUGGAAGUUUAUUUACACUUAGGUUGGAGUCAUUAAAACUCAUUUUUCAACCACUCCACACAUUUCUUGUUAACAAACUAUAGUUUUGGCAAGUCGGUUAGGACAUCUACUUUGUGCAUGACACAAGUAAUUUUUCCAACAAUUGUUUACAGAGAUUAUUUCACUUAUAAUUCACUAUAUCACAAUUCCAUUGGGUCAGAAGUUUAUAUGCACUAAGUUGACUGUGCCUUGAAACAGCUUGGAAAAUUCCCGAAAAUUAUGUCAUGGCUUUAGAAGCUUCUGAUAGGCUAAUUGACAUAAUUUGAGUCAAUUGGAGGUGUACCUGUGGAUGUAUUUCAAGGCCUACCUUUCAAAAUCGGUGCCUCUUUCCUUGACAUCAUGGGAAAAUCUAAAGAAAUCAGCCAAGAUCUCAGAAAAAAAUGUGUAGACCUCCACAAGUCUGGUUCAUCCUUGGGAGCAAUUUCCAAACGACUGAAGAUACCACAUUCAUCUGUACAAACAAUAGUACGCAAGUAUAAACACCCUUGGACCAGCUGUCAUACCGCUCAGGAAGGAGAUGCGUUCUGUCUCCUAGAGAUGAAUGUACUUUGGUGAGAAAAGUGUAAAUCAUUCCCAGAACAACAGCAAAGGAACCUGUGAAGAUAAUGGAAGAAACAGGUACAAAUGUAUCUAUCCACAGUGAAACGAGUCCUAUAUCGACAUAACCUGAAAGGCCGCUCUGCAAGGAAGAAGCCACUGCUCCAAAACCGCCAUAAAAAAGCCAGACUACCGUUUGCAACUGCACAUGGGGACAAAGAUAGUACUUUAUGGAGAAAUGUCCUCUGACCCACUGGGAAUGUGAUGAAAUAAAAGCUGAAAUCAUUCUCUUUACUAUUAUUCUGACAUUUCACAUUCUUAAAAUAAAGUGGUGAUCCUAACUGACCUAAGACAAGGAAUUUGUACGACUAUUAAAUGUCAGGAAUUGUGAAAAACUGAGUUUAAAUGUAUUUGGCGUAUGUAAAGGUAUAUGUAAACUUCCAACUUCAACUGUAUAUCAGAUCACCACUCUGCUUUCUGCAGCCUCUAGGGCCAGAGUUAACCUAAUAUGCCCUGUAGCUUUAAUUACUGUAUGUAGCUACAGUAUGGAUUAUACAAAUCUGUCAUUUCACAAUUUUCCAUGUCCUCCUAUUGGGAUGUAUACUGCUGGAGUCUGCUUUUAACAUUGAUCCAGAUUGGUCAUAUGUUUAUCAGAGGGAGAUGGCUUGACUCUCAGUAGAUGGAUAAAUCCAUACGUUCCCACUCCACACUGGGCUGAUGUCAAACCCCGAACAAGAGAAUGACUUUAUGUCCACCUACCUUUUUAUAGAGCACAAAGAGUACAGUACCAAGUGCCCUAUGGGUUUCUCUCGUAAACCUAGCAGGCUGUUUAGCUUGGGGACCGAGUUUUUUUUUCUCAUACUCAACUACUUGAAUAUGUUAUCUUUAAGUAAUUGAAACCGUUCCUACUGAUUGAUCUGGGGUCUCUUGUUGAAGGCUGAGCCACAAUUUCAUCCAAAGUUACCUUCCUAUGACAUAUUUUGUCUAUGAGAUGUUGUUUGUUUUGAGACUUGAAUUCUGAAGGUACCACUCAAACAUCAGUAGAAUCACGUUCUGAGACUAAAAAUCACGUUCUGAGACUAAAAGUCCAACCAUUCAACUGGCACUUUUCUAUGGUACAUAAAAAAAUAUAUAUACUUUUUUUGUAAUUUCUACCUUAUGUUUUUAUAUAAUCAUUUCUACCAUAUAUAGUGUUAUUCAAUUUUGUCCAAAUUGCCACAUAUACUAUGUUUACUCCUGAUUGGUUGGGCUGAUGUGAAUGGAAGUGAAGUUUUCGAUACGUUAUGAAAGGGAUGGGUCAUUCCCUAGCUCUGUACAGUACAUAGCAACAAGCCUACUGUACGCUCAGAACCCAUGAAUAGAGGUUUCACAGUUGGAGAGCAUUACAGCUGUGUCAGUGUUGUAGCCGACUAUUCCAGUUCUGUCUGUCUCUGAGUUUUAUAGUCUGCAUGACAAAUCAAUGUGUGGGAACAGCUAGUUUAGGUGUGACUAUGGUGAGAUUAUAGGCUACAAAAGUCUUGAAUUAUUCAAUGUCGUGUGUUGAAGAUGUUGAAAUGAACAACAAAUUGUUGCAUGCACUGAACUGAAAUGUUAGAGGCAGUAUUUAUUCUGCAUUUUUGACUCUUCCCCCUUGUUUGUCUGCUGCUCUUAUUCAGUCCAAUGACCCUGUGAAUCUUAGGCGGGGCACAGGGGCUUCUGAAUCAGUAGGCUGGCAUUGAAACUAGAAAGGUUUCAGGCAGGGGGCUAGUGGCAUCCUGCCCAUCUCUAUAAAUACUGCAGUACCCCUUAGCGGUCAUGCUGGAGAAAGGCCUCGUCUUCCUCUCCUAUACUAUACCUACAGUAGCUGAUCUUCCAAAGCUCCGUCCUGCCUGUCCAACCUUUCCAGAUGCUUUUUUUAAAGUUGUUUGAAAAAGAGACCAUUUUAACAUGAGCAAAAAUAACUACUAUUUAAAGCACAUUAUUGUUGAUACACUGCGAUUUACUCCAUUUGUAACUCACACUUCCAUUCAACUGGCAUCAUGCGACAAGUGUGGAUGCUGAUUGAGACAUCGUUGACGACGUCCUGCCCAUGUGAAGUACUGACUCUAGGACCUCUGGGUGAUGUACCACCAAUAUGUGAGGUGAUCCAUCCACUGCCUUAGCUACAGUACCUUCUAUGUGUUUAUAAUCUAGAGUCUACCACUAUAAUGUUCCCAUUUAGUAUAUUUAUUGAUGUUUUGGCACACUGUCCCUUCAGUGUGUUAUUCAGAAUAGAUCUCAAUGAUUCCUUUCUAAUCCCCACAACCAUUGAGCAUGAUGGCAUUUCUUCAUGGACAAAUGUUCAUGAAGGUUAGAGAUUUAAGGUUAGAGUUUAGUGUGUGUGUUUACAUGUAUAUUCAUUUAUAGGUUUGUAUGUGGGGAGGCUUCCUGCAUCCUCCCAGUUUGUUGAUAGGCAUUAUGUUUCAUUCAGGUUUAUUAGUUAGUGGAGUUAUGCUGUUACAGAACUGCUGUUGUCAGAGAUUGCAUAAAUUGGCGAUUUCCUGAACUGAAUUGAAUCAACCCUGCUUUACAGCAAUGAUCAAAUGAAAGAAAAAUCUAAGUCAGCAAUGACGUAGACCAAUCCCCCGUUGCCAUAUGGUAAAAAAAACCCAAAGAUGACAGGAUUGAAAUGAGGUGUUUUAUUGUCAGUGUUUUGUCUGCUAGGCAAUAUUGAAAGAGUCUCCAAAGACUACAGCACUGAUACCAAUGUGUUCUAUAAAUCAUUUCCCUUCCCCACUCAAAAGACAAUCAUCAUAGUUUUUUAGCAACAUGUCUCCUUUGGGUUUUGUGAAAGCCCGCCUCAUUGAGCAGCUGACAGCCCCCCUGUUACAAAGAACUGUCUCCAACAGAACUAAAACUGACUUGAAAGUGAAUCACUCACACUAUCUGAUCUGUGUGAUCAGGAUUACCGAAGGCACAUAUUAUGAGUAUAAAACAAGUGUUUGUAUGUAUGAUGGAACAAGCGUGUGUGUGAGUCCAUGCAUUGCCACACAGAAAGAACCCUGUGAUUGUAAGUCUGUGAUUAUAUAUGUUUGUAUUGUUUCCAUAUCUCAAAAUAAAGAAAGGUACUUGACUAUGUGUCAACAAUA